AUGAGGCUCCUCGAUAGUUUCAAGUACGGUGCCUAUCAACUAGCCGGUCAGAUACGGCAAAGAUGGAUAGAAGACUCAACAGCACCAGGCUGUCCAAUUGAGCCAUCAAAGCUAUCGUGGCAAGACUUGACCGGUUUCCACAAUGACCCAACCGAGCCAGACCUCAUACCUGUUUCAUACGACGCGAUGGAAGAUCACCUUGACGAGCUCCAAAUCCAAGAACCAGACGAAGGUGGGUGGGCAAGAAUGAGUAUUCAGCAACUGGGUCUAUAUGUCAACCAAUGGAGCGGCAAACAGCCCAGGCUGAAUGUUUGGAAAGGUCAAGUUGCGCCUGGUGUACUAAUGAUCGAGGAAAUCAAGCGAACGUUCGGUCCUUACGCUUCGGAAAUCAGCGCAGCCGCGUAUGCAACCAUUUAUCCGAUUGACACGCUUAAAUGUGUCUACCUUUUCAAUGUUCUGAAUGAGGAUACUCGUGGUUUCAUGCAGGACUAUCUUUAUACCGCAGAAAAUGGUCUGGAGUGGUACGAUGAGACAGAGCUAGAUUGGUAUCCUGGAAGCCCUGAGUUUGAAGCGUUGUUGGGGACAAGACUUGGAGGGUUGGUGGUUAACUUGAUAUUGGGCGCACUCGAGCGUGGAACGCGUCGCAUAUCUAAGAUUAGAACCUUUUUCUGCUGGGGCGAUCUGCAUAUGCGAUUGAUGAUUGAGGAAAUUCCCAAGGACACAAAGGGCGAGUCGGCUCAAGCGGCCCAGCCAGUUUCUGGUCAGAAACGAAAGCGUUCAACUUCUCCAAUUUCGGACGAUAGCUCCAUCGAAAGACCACACAAGCGCCGCUGCUUUGACAACUAA